UGAGACAUGUCGCACACUUCCUCUCCGCAAACCUUCUCUCGGUGCAAAAGAAAUCAAUUAAACAAAGGCUCCAUGGCUUUAUUGGAUCACUGAACACAGGAUGAUGAAGACUGAACAUUCAGGAUGGGAAAAUUGUUAACUGAUCCCAUGUGUGAAGAUUUUACCAGGAAGAGGAGGAUAUGCUGAGACUUUGGAGGCUGCAUGAAAGGCGCCGCCUGUAAGACUAACUUGGCUGAAGAGCCCAGCAGAAUGAGGAGGACGGUGGGUUCAUGUGCCGUGAAUGGGACGGGAUAGAUGGACUCAAAUGUAUGAUUCAGGGAUGAACAUCAACCCAGCGAUGGCCCCCCUGUCUCCAGGACUGAGUGGCAGCCCAACGCUUUCCUCCAUGUCUCCCAAGAAGACCACCUUUCAGUCUCUGGGGUCUUUGUCACCAGGAAUGUUCUCCCCCUCGCUGUCUAAGGGCUCUUCCCAUCAGGUGAAACAGGCCUCGAGCCCCGUGAAUUCGCCCAACGCGUCCAUUAUGAGCUCUCCGAAACUUUGGCAGAAAGCAUCCAUAUCUAGACUUGCAGAAGAGUUCUUCUGGAUUGGUGGCAGUGUGGUUGCACAGCCAAAAUGGAGGCUGGGCCAAAUAGUGGAGAGGUGUAUGUGCACCAUGCAGAUGGGCACCCAGAUGACCAAACUGAAGGGGAAGAAGAAAGGAUUGGUCCGUUUCUUUUACCUAGACGAGCACAAGUCCUGUGUCCGAUGGCGGCCCUCCAGGAAACACGACAAGGCCAAAAUAACAAUUGAUUCGAUCCAUGAAGUCUGCGAAGGGAAAAAAUCUGAGAUCUUCAGGAGGUACGCAGACAACCGCUUUGACCCCAACUGCUGCUUCAGCGUUUACUACGGGGAGCGUGUGAAGUCCCUGGACCUGGUCUCCACCAACGCAGAGGAGGCCCGCACCUGGAUCACUGGGCUGAAAUACCUCAUGGCUGGCAUCAGUGAUGAAGACAGUUUGGCCCGCAGGCAACGCACCCGUGAUCAGUGGCUGCAGCAGACUUUCUCUGAGGCCGACAAAAACGGAGAUGGCACGCUGAGCAUUGGAGAAGUUCACCAACUGCUCCACAAACUCAAUGUGAAUUUACCUAAGCAGAAAGUCAGAGAGAUGUUUCAAGAAGCAGACACAGAUGAGAACCAAGGCUCUCUGGGCUUUGAAGAAUUCUGUUCAUUCUACAAGAUGAUUUCCACACGCAGGGACCUCUAUCUGAUAAUGAUCUCCUACAGCAAUCAGAAAGAAGUCUUGGAUCUCCACGACCUUGCGCGCUUUCUGGAAAAUGAACAGAAGAUGCGAGGCCUGGCCAAGGAGCAUCUAGUUGACAUAGUGGCGAAGUUUGAACCUUGUCCUGAGAACCUGCAGCAUACGGUACUGGGUAUCGAUGGUUUUACCAACUACAUGCGCAGUCCCGCAGCGGAUAUCUUCAACCCCGAGCACAAUCAGGUGAACCAGGACAUGACACAGCCUCUGAGUAACUACUUCAUUGCCACGUCACACAACACCUACCUGACGGGAGACCAGCUGCUGUCUCAGUCCAGAGUGGAAAUGUACGCCUACGUUCUCCAGGCAGGCUGUCGCUGUGUGGAGGUGGACUGCUGGGACGGACCAGAUGGAGAGCCCAUCAUCCACCACGGUUACACCUUGACAUCCAAAAUUCUCUUCAAAGAUGUGGUUGAAACGAUCAACAAAUAUGCCUUCACGAAAUCACAGUACCCGGUGAUCUUGUCCAUAGAGAACCACUGCACUGUGCCUCAGCAGAAGAAGAUGGCUGAGUAUCUGAGAGAGGUGCUGCAGGACAAACUGGACCUGUCCAAUAUCAACGUGCAUGAAUUCAAGAAGCUGCCCUCCCCUGAGAUACUGAAAGGAAAAGUUUUAGUCAAAGGAAAGAAGUUGCCAGCGAACAUUGACCCUGAUGCAGAUGAAGGCGACGUGUCUGAUGAGGACACCGGUGAUGAGGAAGAGGCAGAAGAUGAUGAUGAGGACGACAACCCGCAGGAUGGGAAUAGUGUUACUUCUGCCAAUCAGCCCAAAAAGAAGAGACGAUUUGGCCGAUCAAUCAUGAGGAGCAUCAAGCGAAAACGGAAAAAGAGAAUUCGAGUAAAAAAUAAGUCAAUGUCUGAUGGAGAGUCGAACUACAGCAGCAGCAGGGAAAGGACUCAAAUUGUUUACCAUCCCAAGAAGAGAAAAACAAUGAGGCUGUCUCGAGCUCUGUCUGACCUGGUCAAAUACACAAAAUCUGUCCGUGUGCAUGACAUAGAGACCCAAGCAUUCGCGAGCAGUUGGCAGGUAUCGUCUCUCAAUGAGACUGUUAUGAAUCAGAUCUUACAGCUGAAGCCCGGUGAGCUGGUGCGCUUCAACCAGCGGCAGCUUCUCAGAGUCUACCCGUCCAAUUACAGAGUGGACUCAAGCAACUUCAACCCACAACCAUACUGGAACACAGGAUGCCAUAUGGUUGCGAUGAACUAUCAAACAGAGGGACGUAUGCUGGAACUGAAUCGAGCCAAGUUCUCAAGCAAUGGGAACUGUGGAUAUAUUCUGAGGCCUAAGUGCAUGAAUAAAGCUGCCUUUAACCCCACGUUGGAGGAUCCUCUACCAGGACAAAGGAAGACUCAGUUAGUGCUCAAGAUCAUCAGUGGACAACAGCUUCCCAAACCUAAAGACUCAAUGUUUGGGGAUAGAGGAGAGAUUAUUGAUCCCUUUGUGGAGGUUGAGAUCAUUGGUCUACCUAAUGAUUGCUCCAAGCAGCAGACCAGGGUCGUGGAUGAUAAUGGUUUCAACCCAAUGUGGGAGGAGACCCUCGUCUUCAGUAUUCAAAUGCCACGGAUCGCCCUGGUUCGUUUCCAGGUGUGGGAUCAUGAUCCCAUUGGACGAGAUUUCAUUGGACAAAGGACCGUAGCUUUCACCAGUAUGAUGCCUGGUUAUCGGCAUGUGUACCUGGAGGGGAUGGCAGAGUCAUCCAUCUUUGUUCAUGUUGCUAUCAAUGAUAUAACAGGAAAGAUCAAACCCUCAAAUGCAGUGCAAGCUGCAAGAAAACACAUCCAAAAAGCAGCUAAGAAGCACAUGAAGGGUCCUCAAAGGCAACCCUCUCUGGACUUUUCUGUCCAGUCCUCAGAAGACGGACGUGCAAUCUUCUUCCGCAGGGACCUGGAUACCAUCUCCCAGGACAGCAGGAAUGGGGAAAUGUCUCUUCUAAGACAAGGGCCGGCAGCCAAGGCUGCCAUCCACAAAGGGGCCAUGAGUGAGCCAUUGAGGCGUGCUCACAGAGUUAAAAUUCAUGAACCACCAGAGACAAGGAGAGGAAUCUUCAGCCGGAUGUCCUCCACUGACUCCCACCAAAUUGGGGCUGCUCCCUAUGUGGUAGCGGACAGCUUUGACCUUGAGACCUCUUCCCAGGCUUCCUGUCCUGAUGGUCCUGCUCCCGACUGCCAAAAUCCAAUUCAAGAAGAAGUGGAGAAUGAACUUCAUGAACCACCAGGGUCAAGCUGUGCUGAUCAGGAGACCCCUCAGACAUUAGAACCAGAGCAGCACGAACAAUCAGAUAAAUUAUCAGUAGAACCAGAAACUGCUGCUGAAUCUGAACAACCAGCAGAAGCUCAGAGUCAGACUGAUUCACUUCCUCAGCCUCAGCCUGUGCCACAGCCUCUUACCAAGCCUGAAGCCAAACCCCCUCCACUUAUCCCCCCAUCAUCCCCUGCCAGGGUGAGACGGACUUUGGAGGCUCCAGCCACCCCGCGACCGUCCACUACAAUACGGACAAAGGCCCGCUCGCGCAGUUGCCCUCGAAAACAGACUUCCUCCCAGCAAACACCGCUGGUGAACCGCAAACCUGCUUUCCACUGGCAGCCACUGCGAGGACAAAGCUACAGCAGAUGCAAUAACCAGGCGAGACAAGUUCCCAACGGUCUGUGCCUGUUGGACAGCACCGACAGCAGCAGUGGCGGCAGCACGGACAGCCUGGAGUUUGUGCCCUCCUGUGUGCCAGUUGGUGCAGGGCAGCGUGAUGGCACCCUGCAGAGGGAGAUGAAGGCCCUGUUUGACCAGAAGAUGAGAGACAUCCAUUGUAAAUCACCGCUUUUUCUAGACGAUUAGACCACAGUUUAAAGACAUCAAGCUCCUUCAGAUGAAGAAGAUGAGCAACAACUACAACAACAUAAAGAGGACUAACAAAGAUGAGGGGACAGAGUUCUGAUUUUCUUUCUAGAUACAUGGAACGACAGU